AUGAAGGUGUUAUUAGUUUUCCUGACCGUUAUACAAUCUCAACAAAUAAGCUUUGGAGAAAAACCAGGUAUGUUAGAAAUUAAUAUAUAUAUACAAGUAUUAUCAAUAAAAACUACUCCAUUCAUAUCAGUAAUUGUAUAUCAUGCAUCCUGCAUCUUCCUUAAUUUUCCUUGCUUACUAGUUUUAAAGGUUUUUCUAUUUUUACUAAAGAAAUCGCUGACGUUCGUCUUCAAAGACAUGAGCAUGAAUUAAGUGAAUGUGAGAAUAUUAAAGAAGAAGUAUGUUCUCUGUGUUUGCAGAUACCCGGAUGUGCAUGGUGCACCUUGAAGGUGACCGUAAUGUUUUGAUGAGAAUAUUUGUUUUGGUGGGAAAUAUCAAUACAUUUGCAUGAAGACUGGGACGUAUAUAGAUUUAGUUUCUCAUGUUUGAUCAUGAAAUCUAUACAAAAUAGACUAAACUGCAUGCUCUAUUAUCGAGUUAGUUACAUAUUAAAGAAGCCAUGCAUAUAAUUCCUUUUCUAUUAUUCUUUGCUUCCUUGUUUUUCUAUAUAGUUUAACUUGUAUAAUAUACCGUAGUUUAAUGUGUAUAUUCUUUAAUUUGUAAGUAUAGUUAUUGUGUGACGCCCCUCAUGAAAAGCAGCUCACGUUGAUCGAGGCUAGCGUGUUUAAAUAAAGUUUUACCAUACCAUACCAUACCAUACCAUACCAUACCAUACCAUACCAUACCAUACCAUACCAUACCAUACCAUACCAUACCAUACCAUACCAUACCAUACCAUACCAAACCAUAUCAUACCAUACCAUACCAUACCAUACCAUACCAUACCAUACCAUAUCAUACCAUACGAUACGAUACCAUACCAUACCAUACCAUACCAAACCAAACCUAACCAAUCAGAAUCGCGUAUUUUAGAAAUAACUACCAUUAACUGUCUUUUUCUUUCAUUCAUUAUUAGGAUUACGAGCAUACUCGCUGCGACAAAGAAGCAAAUCUUAUCAAGCUUGGUUGCCCGGGAAAUCACACGAUUAAUCCAAAACAAAAUGUUACGGUAUAUAAAAUGGCUUCGUGAACAAGGCCGGUUGUUAAAGGGCGGUAAAGGCAAAGCAUGAUUAUAGCGCUACAACGGCCUUGAGGUCUUUGAAAAACUCACUCGUGCAUGUUAUAUCCAAAUUGCACACGAAACCAUGCUAUUAUAUACCUAUACUUAUAAAUAUAUGCUGUGAGGAAAGUUACUUUGGAGUUUAUAGGUUAACCUAUAGGAUUAGUAUAUAUAUAGGAAUAGGAUUAAGCUAACCGACUUUCGAACAACCGGUUCAUGGCAAUGCCUCAAUAUUACAUCUACACAUGCAAUAUUGUUAACAUUUGCGAAAAAUUACCGAGUAUUGCAUGUGCAUGGACACGAGCAUGUACGUGAACCGUGGACCAUAUAUUAAGAAGACCAAGACGCUAUAUCAAGCAUAAUUAUUUAAUAUUUCAGGUGGAUAACGAAAGUCAUGAUGCUUCAACGAGUCAAAUACUUCCAAAGAAAGUCACGUUAACUGCCAGAGUUGGUAAGUACCGUACAAGAUCUGAAGAAUCACUAUAUAUAGGAAUACUGCUUUCGAGAUACUGUACAUGCCAAAGCUGAGGAGGCUAUAGCGUAUAGGUAUUACUGGAGUAAAACCGUGGUAGGGUCAAGACCAUGUAGCGGCACUCAUAACCAAUUUUGUGUGCAGUGAUAACCAAUUUAUGCAGUGAUAGCGUGCAGUGAUAAACAGUAAAAAUGUGCAGUUAUAACAUUUGUGAUAUUGAAAUUUUUAUUAAUUAAAUUGCGAUAAAAGCAAUCAAAUGCACUGUUUGGCAUAGUGGUAGACUUUUCUAUUAUUUGUAGUCCUGUAUUGGUUAAAAAAGUCUUGCCAUGAAUUGUUUUUAUAGUGGCCGAUAUAUGGUUGUAUUUUCAGUCUAUCUAAAGGGUGUUGCCCUCCACAAGUAAUCUCCGGACUGACAUACCUUCUAUUGCUUAAUUAAGGAAUGUGAGUGGUUAAAGGGAUUCAUAAAAUUAGUUAUGGCGGCACGGCUCAACAACUUACCUAGAGCUGUCUUCACAAAUGUAAAACAAAUGUCAGUAUGCAUGGGGUUAGACAGCGAUAUAUCAAGUACAAGGAAAGAGAUUUGUCAAUGUAUAAACAUGUUAACAUGUUGUCUAGGUGAACCAGUAACUUUCACUGUACAUGUACGACCUGCAGAGAACUAUCCCGUUGAUCUGUAUUUUCUUAUGGACUUAUCCAAAACAAUGCAGGAUGACCUUGGUAAUCUGAAGUCACUGGCUGGAAAUAUUUGUAAGUACAUGCAGUUCUUUAAAAAAAUAUAUAGUUCUCUGAAGAUUGAAGUUAAGAAUUUCAAGGCUAGGACAUUUUCCUAAAGUCUCGGUCAAACGAGGAUGGGAUGAAUGUUUACGACCAAUGCAUUUGUAAUGACGUCAUACCUUGUAUUUUCCAAAUAUCAUAAAAGUUUCAUAAAGUGUAGAUCUUCAUAUCUUUCUUAAGAUGAAUCCUGUAUAUGGAGAUUAAACAAAUCAGGCGAAAGCAUACAAUCUGGUUUAAUGACUCUUUAUAUUUCAAUGUCAGGAGAUUGACUUAUAUGAGCUCAUAAUUAUACCGCUGUUUGUAACAACUGAAAAACUUCUUUCUCGACAGCUACAAAAUUACGAGAACUAACAAGCAAACGCAGGCUGGCUUUUGGAUCUUUUGUGGACAAGGUUGUUCCACCAUUUGUAAAAUAUGAAUUGUGA